AUGGCUGCACGAGUGACACGCUCCAGCACAAAGAGCCAGUCGACCGCCGAGUCGCUCCCACCGCCCGCGUCCCCGUCGAAGCGGACUCGUCCCCCCACCUCGGCGGCGGCCGGCUCGUCGUCAUCAUCUCGACCCGCACCACCCUCGACGCCCAAGAGCAAGCGCGCAAAGCAGCAGCAUCCCGCACCCGACUCGCCCUACGUCCCGCCGACCCCGGGCACGCAGCGCCAGAUCGAGGACGACGCGCAUCGCGCAGACGAGGAGGGCGAGAAGGAGGGCACUGUGCUCCUGCAUCCCGCCCUGCGCUUCAACUACGCCGACGCCAAGGCGCAUCUCAUCAAGGACGACAAGCGCUGGCGAGACGUCAUGGCCGCCAUGCCGUGCAAGCCGUUCGAGGGCGACCAGCUCGAGCCCUUCAACCCUUUCCGCACCCUCGUCUCGUCCAUCCUCGGCGCCCAGAUCUCGUGGCUCGCCGCGCGCGCCAUCCAGCACAAGUUCAUCCGCCUCUUCUUCCCGCACCUGCCCGAGAAGCUCGCCCCGCCUGCGUCGGGCGCCCCCAAGCUCGAGACGCCGUUCCCGACGCCGCGCAUGGUCCUCGACCUCCCCGACCGGUUCGCGACCCUGCGCGGCGCAGGCCUCAGCGGGCGCAAAGUCGAGUACGUCGUCGAGCUCGCCGAGCGCUUCUCGGACGGGCGCCUCGAAGCGCGCAAGCUGUGGGGCAUGGAGGACGACGAGCUCGACAAGACGCUCGUCGCCAUCCGCGGGGUUGGGCCAUGGACGUGUGACAUGGCGAAGAUAUUUGCCAUGAAGCGGGCCGACGUCCUGCCCGUUGGCGACCUCGGCAUCCAGAAGAACCUGUGCAAGUGGUUCUCGCACGACCCGUCGUUCGUGCCCGCCAUCCACCCGGCCAAACUCGCCGGCGCGGCGCCGGCGUCGCCGACCAAGCUCGCGUCGAGCAAGGGCGCCGUGCAUCCGCCGCCGACGCCGGGCCCCGGCGAGGGCAAUGGCAAGGGUGCCGAGCCGGAGGAGGACGAGGACGAGGAGCAGGAGCAGGGUCGCGAGCAGGGGCAGGAGCUGAGGAGCGCGGCGCAGCCGGGAGGGGACAAGCAGGGCGAGGGACACGGGCUCGGCAAGCUCGCUGCGCUCGGCGCUGUCGAGGUCGAGCAGGAGCGCGUCAUCGACCUCGAUGGCGAGGCGGGCGCGCCCAAGAAGGAGGAGGACGACGAGGACAAGGUCGAGAAGGGACAGGAGGAGGAGGUCGAGGGCGGCGAGUUCAAGUUCCCCGAGACGUCGAACGGGCUUACGCCUGGGGUGCUCAAGGCGCGGCUCGGCGGCAAGAAGCUCAAGGGCAACAUCUACCUUUCGCCCAAGGAAAUGGAGGAGCUCACGGCGAGUUGGCGGCCCUACCGCUCGGUCGCGUGCUGGUACCUCUGGUCGCUCGCCGACGGCGACGGUGACCCGUAGCGGCCCGGUUCGCUUGUGUAGCGUUGUCGAGGAGCGUGCAAGUCGUGCAUGCGACUCGAC